AACUAUAUUGGGGAGGAAAAAUUAUAUACGCUGCAGGCUCAAUUUUUUACGAUCCACCUAUGCCCAAAAAAGUUCUCUUCUUGACAGAAAUGGUGGGAUACGAUGAAUUAUUAGACAGAGUAUACAAUAUCAUGGGUUUAGAUCGAAAUAGGCAAAGGAUAAAUUUGAUAUUUCGAAAUUGCCCCCAACCUGGUAUUUUUGGUGCGAUGCCUUUGGUUGAUGAUAAUGGAGUGGCUGGUAUGUACUACCUAAAAUCUGGUAGUCGACAACCCACUGAAAUUUAUGUUAAAGUUGAGGAGAUUUCGAAUUAUUGUGGCCAUGAUAGUCAAACAUUUGAAAUUGGAAGUGGGAUUCAGGCCGAACCACCUUACCAUUUAUUCGACCCUACAAAUCUCCACCAUAGUCAGCUUACUCAAGUAGAGGCGGUCGAUGAUCUCCCGUCCCGAACAGGACGCCGAAAAGGCAAUAUGCGCUGCAGAGAAAUUGACCGUCCAACCACCAGUAGUCGGCCAAGUAUGCAUAAGUCAACAAUUAUGGCUCAUGCUGCGGAUAUCCCGACUUCCUCAAUGUUAGACCCUCUUCCGUAUACCGACAUUGAUUUAGUUGAUGUCGAAAUUGGUUCCGAGCCAGAGCCGGAUGAUGACAAUUCUGGUAGUGACGACGACCAAGAUGAUGUUUAUCCGGUUCAUUCUAUCCAAGCACGGGAUCAGACGACAUUUGCUGAACCUUUUCUAGGAAGUGAAGGUCCCAGUUUGCGAUAUGAAGCAGGAGUUGAUGCUAUACUGCAAUUCGACCCGCUCGAUACUAGAGAGGCCGAAAAGCUAAAGUUCUGGAGUGAGCGCACGAAAGAAUUGGAGUUGGGCCAACUGUUCGAGACGAAAGAACAUAUAAAGCGAGCAGUUAAAUUGUGGUCCAUAAAGGAGAACAGAGAGUUCAAAGUUCGGGCUAGCACACCUACAACUUGGUUUGUGCGUUGUAGAGCCCGAAACUCCACACCUCCGUGCAAUUGGCAACUUCGUGCAACUCUCCGUGCCUCUCACAAAAUGUGGAUGAUCGUGUCACUUACACCUGGGCAUACAUGUGUCCGUGUGUGCAAUACCAAUGACCAUCGGGGGUUGAGUGCCGAUCUAAUUGCCCAACAUAUUAUUCCCCACAUUUUGAAUGGUCCGCUGUACAAAGUGAAGGAAAUUCAGACUUCUGUGAAAAAGGAGUUUCACGUCGAUGUGACGUACAAAAAGGCUUGGUACGCCAGACGUCGGGCCAUUGACAUUGUUUAUGGUGAUUGGCCGACAUCUAUUUCACAACUCCCAACAUACGUAGAUGAACUACAAUUGUCCAAUCCUGGGACGGUUGUAGUUUGGGACCAUCAUCCAUUGAGUACAGUAUCGCAGACGAUUUUUGACUAUAUAUUUUGGGCAUUUGCUCCUGCUAUCCAAGCAUUCCGUCACCUGAAACCGGUCAUUUGUGUGGACGGAACAUUCUUAAAGGGGCCAUAUCGAGGGAAAUUGCUAGUGGCGAUUGGGUUUGAUGCCUGUAACCAUUUAUUCCCUCUAGCAUUUGCACUUGUUGAUGAGGAGAACAAUCGAAGUUGGAGUUGGUUCAUGAGAUUGUUGCGCAUUCACGUAUGUCGAGAUGUACAAAAUGUAUGCGUAAUUUCAGACCGACACCACGGGAUUAUCCACGCCAUGCGGUGUCUAGAGGAGUGGAAAGAGCCGUUGGGGGUCCAUCGAUUCUGCUUGGUUCACAUUCGCAGUAAUUUCACUCAGAAAUUUAGGAAUGAAAGGUUAAAGAGUCUCAUGUGGGGUGCCGGAAAGGCAAAUCAGACUCGCAAAUACGAGGAUUAUAUGAGUGUCAUCUUUAGUAUUUCACCCGAGGCAUAUGCCUGGCUAACUGGUGGAUCCGUUAGACCGGAGCAGUGGGCCUUAUGUAAGGAUGGAGGGUAUCGUUGGGGUCAUGCAACAACAAACAUGGCGGAGUGCUUCAAUAACUUGCUGCGAGAAAGUCGCUUCCUUCCAAUCACUGCCUUGAUCCGAUACACCUUCAACCAAACAGUGGAUUUGUUUGUGAAAAAUCACAAGAUGGCCUGGGAUCAGGUGUAUCACUUGCCACUGUAUGGCUGGGAAAAAUAUGUUGCAAAUGAGCAAAAGGGUAGGGCGCACUCGGUGCAGGUGUUCGAUCAUAGGCGGGGAAUUUACUGCAUAACCACUGCAUAUCGCCAAGCUCAUAUAGGUGGUCAUGCUCAAACCGUUGACAUUGGAAAUCGCACGUGUACAUGUGGAAAAUGGAGAGAACUCAGAUUUCCAUGUUCGCAUGCGAUUGCAGCAUAUUUUAGGUCAGGUCUUAAUCCGAUGUCACUUGUCGGGCCGGAGUACACAUUUGAGGCUUAUCAAGCCACAUAUGAGAGUCCUUUCAACCCGUUAAGAGACCCGAAAUAUUGGCCUGUAGCAGAGUUGAAACUAAGCCUCCUAACUGAUCGUUUGAAGCAAAAAGCACCUGGACCAUUGAAGACCAGUAGAAUAAGGAAUGAAAUGGAUCGAAAAUGCCCUGAUGCACCGCGUCGCUGUACUAAUUGCUUACAACCCGGGCACACUGCUCCUAAUUGUCCAUUUAGUGGUUAUUUUUAUAAAUAACCACUGUAUCAAAUGUUGUUGUCCGUUCCCUUUUGAAAAGACAUGUACAUGUGCCUAUGCUUUGUUAACUAUAUAAUGCUAAAUUUGCGCGU